UUUCCCUCCUCGCCGGCCACUCAGCUUCCGGUCCCGGAGGAGGCGUGGCAGCCCCUGGAGAGCAGCUGCAGCGCCGCUUUUGCAUGGCCGGUUGGCGGGAGCCGGUGCUCAUCCCGGGCCCCGCAUGGCGUCGGCGAAGGUUCCUUCCCAAGCGAUCCCGGAGCAACGGCUGCAACAGGCUCGCGUUUUCAAGGAGGACGGGAACCGCUGCUACAAAGAAGGCCGUUUCAGGGAUGCCGUGAGCCGUUACCACUGGGCCUUACUGCAAAUUAAGGGCCUGGACCCCAACAUGCCUUCCCCACUGCAGGAAUUCAUGGGUGACAAGCCGGCGAUGACAGCGGACCAGGAGAAGCAACUGUACACCAUCCAGUGCGAUUGCUACAAUAAUCUUGCCGCUUGCCUCCUUCAGAUGCCGCCUGUGAAUUACGAGCGGGUGAAAGACUACAGUCUCAAAGUCCUAGAAAGGCAAGCCGACAACGUCAAGGCGCUGUACCGAGCCGGUGUGGCGUUCUACCACCUGGGGAAUUACGACAAAGCACAACACUACCUGUUGUCGGCAACUAGCCGGCAGCCCAAAGAUGCCAACGUCAAACGUUAUCUCCAGCUGACCGAGUCACAGCUCAGUAUUUAUCUCCAGAAAGAAAAACAGUUAUACAUGGGAAUGUUUGGAUAGCAAAACAAAACAAAAAACAAAACCCAAGCCGGAAGUUACAAACCAUGUAUUUCUGGGUUUAUUCCCGUACACAAGAAGCAAUGGAUCGAUCGAAUCUGCAGUUAGGUAGUGCCUUGAACAAAAAAUGCUAAUAGCCAAUCCAGCUAGGAUAAGCAUCAUCAGCCAAAUGUCCUCUUUAUCCAUUUUCCAACACGUUCCCUUCCUCCUUCCCCUCCUUUUCUGUUCAUAAAAUCUUGUGAGAAGUUCA